AUGAUUAUUUUAUUGUUAUUUAAUUUGGCUUAAGCAAUCGAUUUAACUACCCUCCAUUUGGAUGCCAAUUAUCUCCAGAAUCAUACAGCUUAGUUCAAAACUCAAUUGCAAUUAGAUCAACAGACAUAGACCAAACCUGCUAUAAACACAAUGCCAGAAGAUCAGUUUUCAGAUCAAACUAGAAUGAACCAAAUUUUGUAUGAAUAAGAAGAACGUGCAGUCUAGAAGACUAUCAAAAUUCACGAUACACCCCCUCCAUCUGCCUAUAGAACCAAAUACGAAGAGAUUCCAGAUGAACAAAAACCUUAAACAAAUGCCAAAUUACCAAGAAAGAAACUUCAAGAAGAGGCUAUGUUAGGAGAACCUAUCUUGGAUGUGAUAUCCAUUGCUCCAAUAGCAUAAAGACACAAGGUGGCUCUUUUGGCAACUCUCAUAUUUGCAUUGUGCGUCUUGAUUCUAAUGAGAGAAAUGUAUUUUAAAUCAUUGCACAGAAUAUAUAGAGAAUACUUAUGGAAAAUAUCACUAGAAACCACUUAUUGUGUGUUUGUCAUUGUUAUCUUCAUUGCCCUUUAUUAUAAUAACUAUUUUGACUUUUGGCUGUUGAAUUAUCAGUAUCAACAAGAGAAGCCCAAGGAAGAUAUUCUACUUAUAGAAAUCAAGGAUUACGAAGAAAACUACAAAUACAACAUAUAUGCUUACCUUCUAAUUGGAGGAUUGGUUGUUAUAUCGAAUUAUCUGAUUCACUUCCUCCAGAUUUUUGUGUUCGAUAAACAAAUGCAAAUCUGGUCAAACCAGGAAAAAAAGUGGUUGAACAAGUAUCAAUUGGUGUAAUUGUAUAAACAACAAAAGAAUGAAUUAAAUCUAAAAAAGGAAUAGCAAUAACAAUUUAAUAGCAAAGAAGUAGAAUAAGAGAUAAUUGAGAUCCAGAAUGUAUUAUUAAAUACAGAAGAAUGUAUGGAUUACUUGUUGAUUAAGUUGUAAUUCACAUCCUAGAUGUCACCAUAUUUGGGUCCAAAUGUUCUGGAUAGUUCCUUUAAUUUAUCGAAUUAUCUUGGCUAUAUAAGUGCUGAUGUCAUUUACUAAAUAUCAGUGUGGGAUACCUAACAAUACAUCAUCUUUACAAUCUAUUUCCUCUUCAUGAUAGUGUUACUCUAUUUCAUUAACAUCAUAAUUGUUAGCAUGCUCUAUUGUUUGAUUUUGUUCAUCAAGAUCAUCAAUCUCAAUUACACCUUGAUCAUGAUAAAAGAGAAAUGUUUAAUCAAAAAAGAAUACGAUAAUCUCUUAGAAGAUGAAUUAUAGGUGGUGCCUCCAUUUAUGGAACCAAUAUUUGAAAAUAUCUUACCUAAACGAUCAGUUGAUAUUCAAACUGACUUGUUUCCAUUUGCAAAUAAACGCUACAUCAGUAUUGUUAUUUCCUCUUUGACUAAGUUGUCUACCACUCUGUUCUUUGUCAUGAAUAUCUACUUCUAUUAUUGGCAACCCUAUGCAUACUAUGUUGUUAUCAUUUGCAAUAUAGUUUGCAUAGCUACCUGCAUUUCCAUCAUCUACAUUAGCAAUAACAUUAUCCAUCAUUACACCAUUGUCCUCAGUUUGUAUAUUAGAAACUAUGAUUUCGCUUACAAUGUCAUUAAAUAACAAAAGCAAUUGCUAAUUUAGGCAAGCAAUCAGUUUUAUGAGUUGCUCAGAUAUAUCAAUAAAAAAUCAUUAUAACACACCUUACAGAAGAACCAUUUGCUUUUAUUGAGACCAGUCAUGGUAGAUAUCAUAGAUCUAUGCAAAAAAUAUUAAAAGAAAGGAAUGCAACAAGCCCAAUAUGAUCCACGAGAAGUUGAAUUGGUUGAUUUGGGAAUUGAGGGGAUAGAUCUGAUCCAUAAAAAACAUCUGAAAACCAUCAUCUAUGCUUUGACUGACAAAUUCUCAGAAUAGGAUCUUGUUUAUAUUGAAAGUUUUUGUUCGGAUGAUAAUGCUGAGUACUUUUCACCCAUGAAGCUUAUCCUCUAUUUGCAUUUACGAUAUCAGGAGGUUAAGAUGAAUAGUAGACAAUUAAUCAGGGAGGUGUUGGAAAAGGUCAUCCCGAUGACAUUUGAUGUUCCUCAAAAAUUGGAGGCUGAAAUACCUGACAAUUAUAUUGAAGAUGGAUUGCAAGGGUAUUUGGACAUUAAUGUUUUGGAUAAUUUUCUUAAAGAAUCUGUUAAAUCCAAUUUUUACAAGGAUGAAUACAGAGUAUUAUUGAUUUAGUAGUUAAACAAAUUGAAAUCCAAAAAGCUAGAUUCAAUUUCAAAUUUUAUUAGUGAUCAAAUCUCAUAACUACCACAAUGA